AGCCUGGGCCCAGGUCCUGUGCCCCUGAAGACAUGGAGUUUGUGUCUGGAUACCGUGAUGAGUUCCUUGAUUUCGCUGCCCUUCUCUUUGGCUGGUUCCACAAGUUCAUGGCGGAGCGUGGGGCUGUGGGGACCAGCCCCGAGGGCCGCUGGCAGCAGCUGGAGGCUCAGAUCAGAAGGCUGCCCCAGGACCCUGCCCUUUGGGUGCUCCACGUCUUACCCAACCGCAGUGUGGGCAUCAGCCUGGGGCAAGGGGCAGAGCGCCCAGGAUCAGGCUUGGGGGCUGCCCGGCUCCUGGGAGACGAGCCCCCACUCCACCUGCGAGACCUAAGCCCCUAUGUCAGUUUUGUCAGCCUGGAGGAAGGGGAGGAAGGGGAGGAGGAGGAGGAAGAGAACGGAGAGGAGGAGGGUGCAGGUACCAAGAAGGUAGAAACAGAGGAGGCUGGGGAGGCAGCCCCUCCCAGCAGGCAGUCCCCGCAGGAAGCACACCCUCCAGGGGAGCCGGAGGAGGCCAAGCAGGAGGCAGGAGGUGGCGAGGACGGCUGCCAAGAGGACAGGGCAAAGGACGAACCUGAGAGGAGGAAGGGACGGAGAAGUGAGGCUGCCCCCCUGCACCUUUCCUGCCUCCUACUGGUGACAGAUGAACACGGCACCAUCUUAGGCAUUGACCUGCUAAUGGAUGGAGCCCAGGGGACUGCAGGCAGGGGCUCAGGGACUGAGAACCUGGCUCCUCGGGCCUAUGCUCUCCUCUGCCACAGCAUGGCCUGUCCCAUGGGCUCUGGAGACCCCCGAAGGCCCCGACAGCUUACCGUGGGAGAUGCCCGGCUGCAUCGAGAGCUGGAGAAUCUGGUCCCCAGACUGGGAGUGAAGUUAGCCAAGACCCCAAUGAGGACAUGGGGUCCCCGGCCAGGCUUCACCUUUGCCUCCCUUCGGGCUCGGACCUGCCACGUUUGUCACAGGCACAGCUUUGAAGUGAAGCUGACACCCUGCCCCCAGUGUGGUGCUGUCUUAUACUGUGGAGAGGCUUGUCUCCGGGCGGAUUGGAAGCGAUGCCCAGAUGAUGUGAGCCAUCAAUUUUGGUGCCCAAGGCUUGCAGCCUUCAUGGAGCGGGCUGGAGAACUGGCAGCUCUACCUUUUACCUACACUGCAGAGGUGACCAGUGAAACCUUUAACAAGGAGGCCUUCCUGGCCUCCCGGGGCCUCACUCGUGGCUACUGGACCCAACUCAGCAUGCUGAUUCUAGGCCCUGGCACCCCCAGACAGCCCCGUGGCACCACGCCAUCCCUCAGCCUUCUUCUCAGCGGAGAUCCCUACCAGCUUCUGCAGGGGGAUGGGCCUGCCCUGAUGCCUCCUGUGCCCCUAGAUCCACCCAGGAGCCUCUUUGGCUCAUGGCAGGCUUACUACACAUGGCGGGGCCUCGGCUUGGACUCCCCCAUGGCUGUGCUUCUCACCUACCCGCUGACUGUGUACUACGUCAUCACCCACUUGGUGCCCCAGUCCUUCCCUGAGCUCAACAUCCAGAACAAACAGUCACUGAAAAUCCAUGUGGUGGAGGCCGGGAAGGAGUUUGACCUUGUCAUGGUAUUUUGGGAGCUCUUGGUCUUGCUCCCCCACGUGGCUCUGGAGCUGCAGUUUGUGGGUGACGGCCUGCCCCCCGAGAGUGACCAGCAGCAUUUUACCCUGCAGAGGGAUGGCCCCGAAGGAUCUGUCCGUCCCAGUUCCGGGGUAUCAGCACGGCUCAGCUCUGGGAUGAGGGAGAAGGGCGGCCGCAGGGACCUGCAGAUCAAGGUGUCUUCGCGGCCCUACCACCUGCUGCAGGGGCCCAAACCCGACUUGGUUAUCGGAUUUAACUCCGGCUUUGGUCUAAAGGACACUUGGCUGAGCUCGCUGCCCCGGUUGCAGUCCCUCCGAGUGCCGGCCUUCUUCACCGAGAGCAGCGAGUACGGCUGUGUGAUGGACGACCAGACCAUGGCGGUGGCUACAGGCGGGGGUACCAGCCCUCCGCAGCCCAACCCUUUCCGCUCUCCCUUUCGCCUCAGAGCAGCCGACAACUGCAUGCCCUGGUACUGCAACGCCUUCAUCUUCCACCUGGUCUACAAGCCUCCGCAGGGCGGCGGCACCCGCUCGGCGCCGGUACCGGCGCCCCCCGCCCCGACUCCGGCUGCUCCUCCCGCCCCCGCCCGAAGGCGCCGGGGAGAAAAGAAACCUGGGCGGGGGUCCCGCCGGCGGCGGUGAGGGCUGAGAGGUAGCAGUGCACCGCCUCCCCCUACACGCCUCAGAGAGGAACACGAAACAUGCGAGACCGAGGGGGGAGGCCGGUUGGCGGAACACGAAAAGGUGAAUAAAAUUACCUGUUU